CCGCCUUUAUUUGUUUGCUUUGGAAAUAGCUGACAUUUUAGAAGAAGAGUUAAUGAUUUAUUGUUAUUCUAUUAGUUUGCUUGGGAAUGUUGUGUGACAAGUUACGUCUAGAAUAAUAAAUAAAUGCUAUUAAAAUAAGCUUUCAAACGCCGUUUACUAAUAAUUCUGACUUCAACAGGUGUGAGCUAAUGAAACGCAUGUGAUACAAUUGUUAUACAUAGAUAAUCGGAGUAAUAAGUGUGCUCAACCUAUCAUUGAAGUGGGUACGAAGGUUAUAUACAAACUGGCAUCAAAAGUUUUGAUAAAAGUUAAAAUUAAUUAAGAUGGCUGGUAAUCCUACAUUGGAAGAAUGUGUGCAACUUCCCAUAAAGGAAGAGCUGCUGAUGGAAGUCACAGAAAAAGCUAAAGAUUGGGCCAUAAUGCACGGAGCUGCAAUGAGAUCGAAAACAAAUUUUAGUGCCGAUUCAUUAAAUUUUGCUCCCUUUCUCUUGACACCGUCAUCUUUUCCGAGAAAGGAAUUUGAAAAGGCCGUUGCUUUACAGACCAUUAUCAAUCGACUUAUGCAUAAUGUGGCUCAUGAUGAAGAAUUUUUAACCACAACUUUGGCUGAAACCAUUAAGGUUGAUGAGUUCACAGGAAAUCUUUUCAAUAUCUACAAAAAAGUUUUAGCAAGUGGAUUUGGACAGGAUCUUUCCCUUGGAAUCUUACGUUCCGAUUAUCUGGCUCAUGUCUUUGCUGAAAAUGCUAUUAAACAAGUCGAAAUCAACACCAUUGCCUCUAGCUUCGGUGGCAUAUCCACACACAUGUUGCCUCUGCAGAGCUUUGUUCUAAGUGAACUCGACUGUGCGGAGAAGAUCAAAAAUAUGCCUGAUAAUCAAGCUCUGGCCGGAAUUUGUAAUGGCAUGGUUCGAGCUUGGGAAAUAUAUAACAAUCCCAAAGCUGUUAUAAUGUUUAUAAUUGAGGAUGUUACCUAUAAUAUUUGUGAUCAGCGGUUCCAUGAAUUCUAUAUACGUGAAAAAUACCCUCAUAUUAAAGUGGUAAGACGUACUCUUACUGAGGUUCAUGAUGCUGGAAAGCUUGGUUUAGAGAAGCAAUUAGUUGUUGGUGACCUUGAAGUAGCUGUAAUAUAUUUCCGAGCUGGCUACGAACCUGGUCAUUAUCAUUCUCAUAAGGAAUGGGAUGCUCGCUAUUUAAUGGAAAGUUCAAAAGCAAUUAAAUGUCCCUCAAUUCACUACCAUUUGGCUGGCACCAAAAAAGUUCAACAAGCUUUAGCUCAACCUGAAAUGCUGGAACGAUUUAUUAGUGAUCCCGAAGAAAUUAAAGCCAUUGGUAAAAUUUUCACCGGCCUCUAUUCAUUGGAAGAUAAUGAUGUUGGAAAUAAUACUUACGAAAUGGCUUUAAAAGAACCCGAACGUUUUGUUUUAAAACCUCAGCGUGAAGGUGGCGGUAACAAUGUCUACGGUUUGGAUAUACCAGAUGUGCUGAGAAAAAUGUCCCGAGUUGAGCGAUCGGCUUGGAUUUUAAUGGACCUUAUUAAACCGCCCAUAUCAAAAGGUUAUAUGAUCAGACCCGGAGGUCAAAUGCCUCCUUCUGUUGUUGACGUGGUUUCAGAAUUGGGCAUAUUCGGUGUUGUUAUUGGAGAUGUCGAUAACAUUAUAUGCAAUUAUCAAGCAGGUCAUAUGCUGCGAACCAAAGUAGCAACUGCCAAUGAAGGUGGCGUUGCUGCUGGAUUGGGUGCUUUGGAUAGCCCCUAUUUGGUUGACUAAAACUACUUAAUUACAUAGUAUCGCUUAAAGCCUUUGUUAUUUUUUAUAUAUACAUACCUAUAUAAAAUAUGAAUUUUUACACAAAGUAUAUAUGUACAUACAUAAUGCAAUAAACUAACAAAACAUUUAUAUUAAAUAUAA